UUACUCAAGACAAUCACCUACCCAGGUCAUACUUAUUACCCAAGACAAUCACCUACCCAGGUCAUACUUAUUACCCAAGACAAUCACCUACCCAGGUCAUACUUAUUACUCAAGACAAUCACCUACCCAGGUCAUACUUAUUACCCAAGACAAUCACCUACCCAGGUCACACUUAUUACCCAAGACAUACACCUACCCAGGUCAUACUUAUUACCCAAGACAUACACCUACCCAGGUCAUACUUAUUACCCAAGACAAUCACCUACCCAGGUCAUACUUAUUACCCAAGACAAUCACCUACCCAGGUCAUACUUAUUACCCAAGACAAUCACCUACCCAGGUCAUACUUAUUACCCAAGACAAUCACCUACCCAGGUCAUACUUAUUACCCAAGACAAUCACCUACCCAGGUCAUACUUAUUACCCAAGACAAUCACCUACCCAGGUCAUACUUAUUACUCAAGACAAUCACCUACCCAGGUCAUACUUAUUACCCAAGACAAUCACUUACCCAGGUCAUGCCUAUUACCCAAGACAUUCACCUACCUAGGUCAUACUUAUUACCCAAGACAAUCACCUACCCAGGUCAUACCUAUUACCCAAGACAUUCACCUACCCAGGUCAUACUUAUUACCCAAGACAAUCACCUACCCAGGUCAUACGUAUUACCCAAGACAAUCAAGCAGUACUGUGUGUCAGUGUGUGUCGGCUAUGUGAUGUCUGUGUGUCAGCAGGUGUGAACACAAUCCGAUGUUAUGAAAAAUACUAAAUACAAUUGUGUUUACUGCUCUCCAUCUCCCCCCACCCCUUCUCACCCACUCUCUCUCUCCCCCUCUCUCCUCCUCCCUCCCCAUCUCCCCCCACCCCUUCUCACCCACUCUCUCUCUCCCCCUCUCUCCUCCUCCCUCUCCAUCUCCCCCCACCCCUUCUCACCCACUCUCUCUCUCCCCCUCUCUCCUCCUCCCUCCCCCUCUCCCUCCAUCUCUAGUUGGUACCAGGAGAGUGCUAGUCGAGGUGAGGCCCAGGAGUCUCUCAUGGCCCAGCCUAUAGGAUCCUUUCUGAUCAGGGGCAGCCAGAGCGCCCCAGGAGAUUUCUCCAUAUCCGUUAGACACGAGGCAGACGUGCAGCACUUCAAGGUGAUGGCAGACACCAGAGGGCAGUAUUACCUCUGGUCUGAGAAGUUCAGCUCCUUCAACGAGCUGGUGAACUAUUACAUGAACAACUCUGUCUCUAAACACAGCCGCAUCUAUCUGCUGGACACAGAUACACAGGAGAGGGGAUUCGGACAGACCAGGACAUCAGCCCCAUCCUCUCAGCCCCAGCUUCACCAGUCCCUGCCCCGCGCACCCCAGCCUCACCUGCCCCUGCCCAGCAUACCCCAGCCUCACCUGCCCCUGCCCAGCAUACCCCAGCCUCACCAGCCCCGCGCACCCCAGCCUCACCUGCCCCUGCCCAGCAUACCCCAGCCUCACCUGCCCCUGCCAAGCAUACCCCAGCCUCACUUGCCCCUGCCCAGCAUACCCCAGCCUCACCAGCCCCGCGCACCCCAGCCUCACCAACCGCUGCCACGCACACCAGACCCCAUACCCCCACCACAGCGUGCGGCUGUGACCACGGGGGGCAGUGGUCUGAUGCAGGUGAGAGCUCAGUAUGACUUCAACGCCGAGGAGAAGGACGAGCUGAGCUUCAAGGCUGGUGACGUCAUCGAGGUGCUAGAGUGUUCCGACAUGUCAUGGUGGAAAGGAAGACUGAGGGGACAAACGGGAGUGUUCCCUUCCAACUACACCAACCCUGUAUGAGAGAGAAGGAAAUGGUUAGCAUUUAGAGCUAAAUAAUUAUCUGAAUUCAUUAUAGCAGACGUUCUUAUCCAGAGCAACUUAAAAGUGCAAUUAGGGUCAAGGGCAUAUUGACAGAUUUUUCACACAGGGAUUCGAAUCAGUGACCUUUUGGGUUACUGACCCAUCAGCCUCAACCACUAGGCUACCUGCCUCCCUAAAAAUAACAAUUAGAGAGAGAGAGAGAGAGAGAGAGAGAGAGAGAGAGAGAGAG